GGCCUGUUGUGCUGGCCAGAGCUAACGGCGACGUCAAUAACAGCUUCAGCCAGUUGACUCUAGAUCUGGCACGCUGCAAAGGUUGCCGAUCUUCGAGAUGAAUGCUAGCGUUGGAGGUUCGAUCAGAAAUUUGACCUACAAGACGUGUACGUCUUCUCGAUGCACCAUUACACCAAGAAGAACGGUACUAGGGGAGGGCAAAGAGUUUAGAUUUCAGAGCUCUAUGUGCACGCUGAAAUGGUAGGCUUGCUUUUUUUUACGCUCCUUGACAAUGGUUCAUGCAGACUGAACAUAUAUCCUACCUCAGUGUAUGCGGGCGCUUCCGUCUCUUGGACACCGUGGCACACCCAUGGCAGUGAACAAGUAUGGCCGAGGUAACCGCGGUCCCGAGUACAGCCCAUGGUUAGACAUCGAGGCGGUGGGGAGGCGUUUCCCUUGGCUCUCCGCGUUCUCCCACCUGCUUUGCGAGUGCUUCGGCCCUUCCGUCGCCUCGAAUAGUUCGCUCCCUCGUACACGUUAUCACCCGUACUCUAUCUCUGCCUUAUCUCAAACAGCUUCGAAUACGCUAUGACGCCGCAAAGGUACACGGACGUCGACCACUUCCUUCGGCAGACCUUCGACUUCGUCAUCGUUGGCGGCGGGACAGCUGGUCUAGCUCUCGCUGCUCGCUUGUCAGAGAACUCAGCCUGGACAAUUGGUGUCCUCGAAGCUGGACCCGACUUGUCGGAUGAUCCAAACAUUAAUGCACCUGGCAAAUGCCUAACACUCAUGUACAACCCGCGGUACGACUGGAUGUUUGCCUCCGUGCCUCAGCCGCACGCGAGUAACCGCGUCGUCAUUCAGCCAAGGGGAAAAGGACUCGGCGGAUGCUCUGCCAUCAACUUCCUCGGGAUGACCCGCCCGUCUAGAGUGGAGAUGGACUUUGUCGAGAAACUGGGGAAUCCAGGGUGGAAUUGGGAGAGUUUUAUGCAUUACUCAAAACAGAGCGAGACCCUUGCAUUGCACGAUAAAGACCUUGCAGAGCGCUACUUCUCAAGGGCGGAGAUCAAUCUCCACGGCUCAAACGGUCCUAUACAGAAGCUCUUUCCGCCCAGCUGCGAUUUCACAUUCUUGCCAUUUUGCCAGUCUCUACGAAACCUAGGAGUGCAGCCAAAUUACGAAGCUAGCCACGGCGUCACUGUCGGAUUUCAAACGGUCAUUUCUUGUAUCGACACGAGUGGACCAACACCGACGCGCUCGUACGCUGCAUCUGCGUAUCUUUUGCCUAAUUCAGGAAGAAGGAAUCUGUUCGUGCUCGCUGGGGCGCAAGUUUCCAAGAUUCAACUCGAGGAUGGACCCGGAGGCAGUAAACGUGCUGUUGGUGUCGAAUUUUACUUCAACGACCAGCUCAAGAAAUUAGACAGAAUUAGGAAAGAGGUGAUCAUUUCUGCAGGGAGUUUCCAAACUCCACAGAUUCUCGAAUUAUCUGGCAUUGGAAACCCCAACAUUAUAUCAAAGCACGGAAUCGGUACUAUGGUCGAUCUUCCUGGCGUUGGCGAGAACCUGCAGGAUCAUAUUUGCGUGCACACCAUCGUCGAAGUUGAUACACCUCCUCUGAAGGAGCCAGCUGUGGACGCUAUGAAUGCAGCCCCGGAGAAAGGUUUCGCCUACCUUCCUGCAUCUCAGUUUGCCACCGAAGAUGAACUCGAAAAGUGGUGCCAGUCUUGUGAAAACUCUAUCUCAAACCUCGGAACUCGCUCCAGAGGCGACAUAGGGUCAUCUGGGAGGACAGCCAUACGGAUUGAUCAGCUUCGUGCACAUCAGGCGUGGCUGCGUAAUCCGAAGGAAGCAUGCGCUGAGCUCAUUUACGCACCAACAUGGCAUCCCAACGAGCUCCUUCAGCCUACCAUGGGAACAUACUACAACUCCGUAGCCGUUGUUCUGUCCCAUCCCAUGUCGCGUGGAAGCGUGCAUAUCGCCUCGGCUGACCCCUUGGCACACCCUCGCAUCGAUACGCAGUAUUUCUCGGAGCCUGCAGAUCUCGAGAUGCUGGUGUGCGCUCUGGAGUACAUGCUCCGCGUAUAUCGCACAUCUCCGCUCGCCGAUAAUGUAGUGAAGAACGUCAUGCCCGACGCGAAUACGAUUCAAGGCGGCAGAGAGAAACUGGCGGAAUACGUAAAGGAGCACGUUCAGUGCGUGUUCCAUCCGGUCGGUACGGCGUCUAUGGGACCUAGGGAGCGUGGAGGUGUGGUCGAUUCUGAGUUGCGGGUGUAUGGGACGGAGAACCUACGAGUGGUUGAUCUAUCUGUGAUGCCGAUGGAGGUAUCGUGUCAUACCCAGUCGAUUGCUUAUGCGAUCGCUGAAAAGGUGAGUGGUUUUCGUUGGAUUUGCUUUCUCUGUGCUGGAGCUACAAGCAGGCGGCAGACCUGA